AGUUUGAAGUAGCCAUCUUUGAAAAGACGUCCGAAAAGUCAAAAUUACGAUCAGGUGUGUAGCCGAGAGUAUGAAAAUACGCCGCCGGCAUUUAACGAGGUGUUGAACAGUCAAUCUACGGAUACAAGGAUCUCGAAAAAAUCUACGAAAUGGAUGCUAUAAGAAUCGCGGUGCGAAGAUCAAACAUUAUAUACAAGGCAACUGUCCAAGCAUCUUCUAGAAAUUGCAGCAGAAGUCACAGCCACAACAACAGAGUUAUGUCGAGUGCAUCCCAGGAAGCGCUAAUCUCAAGAGAGAGUAACACUGGUCACGGUUUCAUUGAUAUAAAUGACGCAAAGCCAAAGGAUGACCGAAUAUUCAAUGCACUUGGGGCAACUGAUGAACUUUCUUCUUACAUUGGCCUCGCGAGAGAGUUUGCAUGUGACGGUAGCGUCCAGCAUCCUUACGUAGAUAAAUUAAAGAGAGUACAAAUGGUUUUGUUUGAUCUGAAUCAUGCAAUAUCACGGUCGAGUCCUGGUAGAACAAAGCCAUUUGAGGAUAAGCAUACCAAAGAUCUUGAGGAAUGGAUUGUAGAGUACGCGACUCAAUUGCCCCCAGCAGAAGAUUAUAUAAUACCGGGUGGUGGCAAAGCGUGCGCUUCGUUGCAUGUUGCAAGAACAAUCUGCAAGCGGGCAGAGAGGAGCGUGACACCUUUGGUUAGGGACGGUGCUUUAGAUAGCGCAGCUCAGGUAUACCUUAACAGAUUGUCAGAUUUUCUCUUGACUAUAUCACGUAUAGCGGCAAAGUGUGAUGAACGCACUGAAAACAUUUAUAUACCACGCGCCGAAGUCAGCGAAGAGAAACAAUAGUGUGUUUACUUGUGACUUUUUCAACAUGUUCCCAUACACGUGAUUUUAAUUUAAUGAAAUCUCGAAUUAGAAUUUUUCUCUACGAUCCUUUCGUCAUUUGCCAUUUCUAUUUCACUGCACCAGUUAUACACACAAAACCAUUUAAGUUAAUAUCGUACACUAUGACUAAGAAAAUAUUUUGAUAAUUCUUAGAUUGUACUGAUGAUUUAAAUGUCGGGUAUGGGGACAGGUUCAGUGGAUAGACCGUUGAACUAUGAAAAAUAUCAAUCUCCGAUUAGUCGUUGUUAUCAAGACAGAAUAAUGUUGAAUUAGAAUUAUUAUACACGCACGAAGGUAGUUUUAAGAAUAUUCAGAAUUGUAUAAAUUGUUUGAUGCAUUUUCGUCGCAUAAACGCAGUUCAACAGUGACCAUCAAGUAACAGUUGAUGUAUUGAUGUCACUAAAUAUGAUUUCAUUAAAAUACGUACGUAGGAUUUACAGAUGUUUUAUAAAUCAUUGUUUUUAAUGUUGAGAAUAUACGAAUACAGUCCUUGCUGUAAUAAUUAUAUAACGUAUUAAAAAAUAAACCUGUAAAUAGUAUGUACCUAU